AUGACGACUACACGCACAUCGAGACUAUGGCUUCUUGCUGAACCACCGGUCUGUCUCCGAUGCAUGCACCGAAGUUCCGCCUCGGGUUUACGAUGGACGUCUUCCGCAUCGACCGUGGCUCCUGCGACUCCUCUUCUGACCAAGAUUAAGAAUGAUUUGAAAGCUGCCAUGCGAGCGAAGGACACUGCGAGAUUAAGCGUUUUACGCGCCACCAUCUCCGAGAUCAAUCAAGCCGCCAGUGGACCUACCCCGAUUAAAACCGAUAUGCAGGUUCUUGCUCUGCUACGAAAGCGAAAAUCUGCUUCCGAAGCGGCGGCAAAGGAGGCCCAAGAAGCAAAAAGGCCCGAUCUGGUGGAGAAGCAAGAGAAGGAGAUGGCCGUGGUGGACGAGUUGACGUCCUCGGUUCGGAUGAUGGAUCCGCAAGAGAUGAGAAAGAUGGUGCAAUCGACCAUAGAGACGCUCAAGGGCUCUACGCAGGGCGAAUUGAAGCCUGGAGUCGUCAUGAAAGAGUUACUGAAGCCCGGAGGGGAGUUGACUGACAAGCAGCUGGAGAGGAGAGUGUUGGCAGAACUGGUCCGAGAAGAACUCAGUAACCAGACACCGUCAUGA